AUGUCAAUCAUUUUUGACAACUGCCGAGGCUUUUCCAAAUGCCGGUACUCGGCUCAUGGGUAUAGGGGAGCUGUCCCGCAUGUUCAUCACAACAAGGCUAAUUAUGGUACACUAGCGAAAUGCGAACUAACCAUGCACCCUUGCGCUGCAUAUGCACUGAAUAAGCAAAAGAUGGCUGCUCUCCGAGAUGUGUCGACGAGGAUUUGGCCUUCAGUCCCACGGAGAUGGUACGUCAAACUCAAAUCUUUCAGUAGUUGUUGA